GUGGUGCCUGCGGAAGAACAUGAAAUGUUUCUGUGUGUCCACCACUGUUCUCCUGCAAGUCUGUGUACGCUGACAAUACAUUUUUCCUUCGGUCUGGGAAGUGCCUCUACAGUCUAGCCUAUUGACCAAUAAAUGAAGCAGAAUGAGAGGAGAGAAGCUGUUUCUACAUAUGAUACUAAUGACUGUCAUGAUGAGUUUCUUACCGAUACAGACAACUCAUGGACAGCAGCACUUUACAGAGGAGCCCUGCACUGUUCAGAUCCUCGUCCCUGGACUCAAAGGAGAACCAGGAGAGAAAGGAAUAAAAGGAGCACCGGGCAGACCGGGGAGAGUCGGCCCCCCUGGAGAGAUUGGCAAACCUGGGCUUAAUGGACAGAAAGGAGUUAUGGGACGUUAUGGAAAAGUGGGCCCCAGUGGAAUGAAAGGGGUAAAAGGAGACAUGGGGGAUCCAGGUCCAAGGGGCCCUAAUGGAGAUCCAGGUGUUCCGUGUGAGUGCACACCAAUGAGGAACAUGAUCGGAGAAAUGGACAUUCUCGUGGCUCAGCUAUCGUCUGAACUAAAAUUCAUUAAAAAUGCACUGCCCUCCCCUGCAGCUGUUGCUGGCAUAAAAGAGACAGACAGUAAAGUCUAUCUGUUGGUGAAGGAGGCGAAACGCUACUCCGACGCUGAGGUCUACUGUCAGACGAGGGGGGGGCACCUGGCCAUGCCCAAGGAUGCGGGAGCCAACGCGGCCGUGGCCGGGUACAUCACCGAGGUGGGCCUGAGCAGGGUGUACAUUGGCAUCCACGACCUGGACCAAGAGGGCGUUUUCACCUACGUGGAUCGCUCUCCCAUGACCACUUUCACCAAAUGGAGGAAAGGAGAGCCCAACAACGCCUACGACGAUGAAGACUGUGCUGAGAUGGUGGCCUCUGGAGAGUGGACUGAUGUGGCGUGCCACCCCACCAUGUGUUUUGUCUGUGAAUUUGACAAGGACAGCGUUUGAGGGCAGAGCUGCUGAAAGAUUUGAUAAAUAUAAUGAAGCAAACUUUAAGUAUAUAUAUCUGUAUGAUGUAUCUAUGUGUAAAUAUGACAAAAUGACCUGCAAGUUGUGAAAACUUGUAUUUUUAUAUUCUUCUUUUUUAGUCUUAUUAGCUAUUUAUUUUAUUCACUCACAUAACAUGAGUUUUUUGUUUUUUUACUUUUUAACACACCCAUAAUCUCAUACACUGUGAUUCCUUUCUAUUCCCAACUGCAUGCAGGGUAAUAAACUGAGCUUAAUAGUUUUUAUGUUAUGCAAACUAUACACUAAACAAUAUUAGCUGCGGUGCCAUCAACAAACCAGGCAAAUGAGCAAAUGCAGAGUGCUGUAGAAAAUUGCAGAAAAUUCGAAAUCUCUGCUUUUAUUAAGAGAAAUUGAAAACACAUUUAAUGUUCACAUUUAUAUAAUAAGUUCGAUGGUAGUUGUUGUACAAUAAACAUUCGCUAAUC